AUGGCCUUCAGACUUCCUACCACCAGACAGACGUCCCCUACGGCCAGCACUAUCUCCACGCUUACAACCACCCCCGACGACCUCACCAUUAUCCACGCCUCCAGCGACGUCCGCGGGCCCUACAUCCCCCGCCUACGAGAUAUUGACGGGUCCCUCUUCAACCCUGCUAUUGCCACAGGCUUCACUAUGGUGCCGCUUACGCGGGCGGAGCUCCGCAGGCGCACAAGUCACAUAUGGGGACACGGGUUCUUGGCCAAUCACGUGGCUAAUGGCAAGCAGUACUGGCUCUGCAAGCGUUGCCAUCCACGCUUCGAGACACCUGAAGAGACACCAAAUUACCGUAGAUGGAGAUACGCGGAGGACAUCAAUCAGCGAGCUAUCGCCAGAGUCCCUCCCGGCCCGCACGCUUGA